GUUUAAGCCCAUCCUCACAGCGCAGCUUUUGCGCCAUUAGCAGAUUUACACGACAUCUUUACAGCCUAACUGGCUGAUCUACCUCGUCAAAAGAGUCAGAAUGGUCGUAGUCUGAUCCGCCUUUGCUCAGUUAUCACGCUCCUCAACAAGACCACGUGUUAGAUCGAAAGUGGUACAAGGCAUUCCAUGAGUUUCGUGGAGUAUUCAGAGCUCAUCAAGGAGGGUGAUGUUGCCAUCAUCUACCUGGGUCAUGAAUCCAUGAUGCCAGUCAGAGUACAGAAGGGUGCCCAGACGCAAACACGUUAUGGAGUCAUCCGCCACUCAACAGACUUGGUUGGCCAGAGAUUUGGUUCAAAGGUCACCUGUAGCAAAGGCGGCUGGGUGUAUGUGCUGCACCCCACCCCAGAGCUGUGGACCCUUAACUUGCCCCACCGCACCCAGAUUCUUUACACCACAGACAUCGCAAACAUCACCAUGAUGCUGGAGUUGAAGCCAGGGUCGUUUGUCUGCGAGUCAGGUACGGGCAGCGGGUCGCUGUCCCACGCCAUCCUGCGUACCAUCGCGCCCACGGGCCACCUGCACACGGUGGAGUUCCACCAGCAGCGCGCUGAGAAGGCCGGCGAGGAGUUCAGGGACCACGGCGUGGGACACCUGGUCACCGUCCGCAACCAGGACGUCUGCAAGGAGGGCUUCGGCGUGACGGGCGUGGCGGACGCCGUCUUCCUAGACAUCCCCUCCCCCUGGGAGGCCGUCUGCCACGCCCGGGCCGCGAUGAAGAAGCAGGGGGGUCGUGUUUGCUCCUUCUCCCCGUGUAUCGAGCAGGUGCAGCGGACCUGCGAGGCGCUGGGGGAGGAAGGCUUUGAGGACAUCAGCACCUUAGAGGUUCUGCUCAAGGUCCAUGACGUCCGCACCGUGUCCCUCCCCCUGCCCGACUUCGGGACGGAUGCCCCCCCAAAGAUCUUCUCUGACCCCACAGGAGAGGGCCCCCCGCCCGCGGCCCCCAGCAACGCCUCGGUCUUCUGUAAAACCACCACAGCCCCCAGGGAGAUGCCGGGCCACACUGGAUACCUCACCUUCGCCACCAAGCCCAGAGGGUAGAGCUGGGGGUGGAUUAUCGAGAGCAGGGAGGCUGGGUGCAGCCUGGAGAGGAGACAGAGACUGGGUGUGGGGGUCCAGGGAACUCCAGAGGCCUCAGAAGGACCUGACCUCUGCCUCAAGACUCACUGAUGGCUGAUGGCCUUUGCUUUCUCGGCUGGAACCCUGUUGUUGUUCAUUUGACUGCUCACUUCCUCUCAAAAGAGGAAUGGUUGGCAUCCCAUAUUUUUUUGGUACAAUAACUAAUCCAGGGUCUAUUAUUAGCAUCCCAGUAAACUCAAACAUUUUUUGUUAUAAUUUUUAUUGGAUUUCAUGGAGUGCAUGCAUACCAAUAUUUUAUUUGCUUUGUCUUUGAAAACGAUAACAAACGAGGUUGAUAAGACUUUGGUUUAAAUGUGAUGCUGGAUGCAGCUCUUCUGUGAGGAGCGUAGAGAAGCUGAACACCUGACGAUCCUUCCUACCGCUCUUCAUCUUCUCUGUUCUGUUUCUGUUACGGUGUCUGGCCUGCCAUCAUCACUGCUCCACGCCAUAAAAGGCAGAGAAAUGGCAGCCGUUUCAGACUAGGCCAGAGAGGAGGAGGAGACAGGAGGAGCUGUGUAUUUUCCAAGUGCAGACAUCCACACUGUCUUUAGAUAAAUACAACUGAUGAUGGGAGACUGUUGAAGUGACCUCUCCUUUUCUAACUGAAUCAUGUCAGCCAUGUUGUGUCAGGGAGGUACAUUGAAUAAAGACCCUUACUAUAUUUA